CACAGGUGGUUCGAUGGCUUCCCAGUUGAUCUUCUGACUAUGUUACUGCGGGGUUUUCGUGUUCCAGACUUGUCUUUCUGCCAUGGAAGUGUAAACAGUGAGACAGACGCCAAAGUUUGAAAAAAUAGUCCAGAUAAGUCAUCGAACUUCAGGUGGAACUGCUGAAAACCAGAAAUGGGGUCAAUCCCGGGCGACAUCAGGAGACUUUUGGAAGACUGUGAGUUGUUUGUAUCCGACAUCCUUCAGGAUGAAAACCUGAGUGAAGACGUCGAGGAGACCCGGCAGGUGUUGCUGAAUAACUUCAGGGUCGUGUACAGCAGGAACCCUCAAGAGUUCCCGUCAAAAUUCGACGACGACGGCUCUGACGACAACCGCAGCUCCAGCCUGGGCCGCUCGGCGCCGUCGGACGACGCCUCGCUGGCCUCGGACUACCAGGACGACGGCGGUCCCGAGUACUUUGGCGACAUCCCUCCAGUGGCAGCGCAGGAUCUGAGCAACAUCAUGAAACAGGGAUACCUGGAAAAGAAGCGAAAAGACCACAGCUUCUUUGGCUCAGAGUGGCAGAAGAGGUGGUGCGUCCUGAAUAACUCCAUAUUCUACUACUUCGGCAGUGAAAAAGACAAACAGCAGAAGGGCUCUUUUCAUAUCAGCGAAUACAGCGUGCAGUUGGUGCCCAACCUGAGAAAAGACUCCAAAAAAGACUCCUGCUUCGAGCUCUACGCUCCGGGACAGCGGCCCUUCCAGUUCGCUGCCAGCAGCCCUCAGGAGGCCCGGGAGUGGGUGAACCAGAUCAGCUUCCUGCUCAGAGAUCUCAGCUCCAACUUCAUCCCUUUCGACGAGGACGAGGAGGAAGAGGAGGAGCCCUACGACGACAUCGAGGGGUUGUCGGGCUCCGCCCCGCCGCUGCCGCCGCAGCCCCAACCGGUGGCCCGGGGCUCCCAGGACCCCGACGUGGACGAGGACGAUGGCGAGGACAUCUACGAGGAGCUGCCAGAGGAUUUUGUGGAGCCGCCGGACGAGAGUGCCGAGAAGAACACCAAGUCAGACUUUGCUAACUACUACCAGUGUUUGUGGGACUGCCAGGCGGACGAGGCCGACGAGCUGGACUUUCACCGAGGAGAUCUCAUCUACAUCAUUAGCAAGGAGUACAACAUCCACGGCUGGUGGGUCGGCGAGCUGAACGGCGCCGUGGGCAUCGUCCCCAAGGACUACCUGCACCCCGCCUACAUCCUCUGAGCUGCGACAGCGCCGCCGCCGCCGCCACAUCCCGCCAUAAAUAUCACACACAGAUGAUCUGACCGGACUGUAAAUGACGCCAUGUAAAUCUGCUGCAGCGCUUUUCCAAAUCCCCGAACCGGCGUGAAGCACCGGGGUCAAUCAGAGGGGGGGGGUCAACCUUUCAGCUGAGUUUUCUGACUUUCUGUUAAAAAAAUCAAAGGUUCUUAUUGAUCAUCCCCCAGAGUGAAGGCUGAUGAAUUAAACAAGGCUGAUGCUUCAGUUUUGAGUCAAAAAUUCCAAAAAAAAAAAUUGAUUUGCAAGAAGCAAUAUUUGUUU